AUGUGCGGCAACAACCCAGCCCGCGAGUAUCUAUCCCGAGAGGCAGCGGUAUCCGCGCAGCUCACGCAGCUGGCAGCAGGGGGUCGUCCCGACCGCGCUGCCGUGCUCGCGGCCGCCACCGCCGCCGCACAUUUGAUUAACGAAAUACCGGCCAUGCACGAUGCACUACUACAGCUGCCGGCGGCGUGGGAGCGCUGGGAGGCGGAGAGCAGCAGCCGCCCGCCCGCGCGGCCGCCGCCCCCGCACAGGCAAGGCGGCGAGCGUAACGCGCAGGGCGCCGGCGUGUGGAAGAGAGUGCGGCUCAAGUUGGAGGGACGCGACCCAGACAACACGCGCCGCCUGCCGCCCACCGAACAGGUGGAGCACAUGAUAAGCGAAGCGACUAGCGCAGAGAACCUGUGCCUGAUGUACGAGGGCUGGAUGGCGUGGGUGUGAAGGACGCCAACGUGUACCCUGCACCGCCCCCGCUACUGGCAGCCUCGCCGCGCCUGCGCCCUGCGGCCCGCGCGCCAGCGAGGUACACGCGACAACACGCGACUACACGCCACAACACGCGACAACACGCGACAACACGCGACAACACGCGACCGGCGGCGUCGUCCCCGACGAGGAGGCGCCAGCGACCAUCGCAGUUCUGACGUUCCUGAUCCAAUUUCCCAUUAUUUUGUUUACGGUCGUUGCGCUCGGGUCGGCCCGUUGUCAGUAAUUUGAUGAUUACAUAUGUAUGACUUGUUCUGACGAGGUGUUUGCAAUAGUAUUUCGAGAUUUCAAUAUGUAAUUUAAUGAUGAGAAGCAAUUGUAUACCGAAAUGACGCAAAACAAGAGACGACGGGCCAAUGGUUAGUGUUAAUUAUUAUUUGUUUCUGUGUAGACGGCUUUAAGUAUA